AUGGAGGCCUCCCCGCUGACACGGCAGCCGCAGCCUGAGGUGUUCCAACCCAAGAUUGUGCUGCUCUACGACUCACUAUUCAAGGACGACGACACGACCGAGCGAGGCGAGGGCUUCUGGCGCGAGUUCUUCCUCCUGCGCCCCGAUCGCCCGGCGCUGCAGGCCCUCCUCGAUGGACUCUCGGCGGCGGACGUGCUCGGCCUCGAGGAGCGCACGCGCGAGCUCUUUGAGCGCGGCGUCGAGGCCGUCCAGGGCGGCGGCCCCAGCCCCGGCCCCAGCUCGGCGACGGUCCAGCUGCACGCACUCGAGACGCUGAGUGUCUUCCUGGCGGCCGCGCUCGGCAAGAAGUAUGCGCACCCGACCUCGGACGUCAUUGCCGUGCUCGCGGGCAUCGACCUCGUCGACACCAUCUUUGGCGAGUUUGCCGUGGCGCUCGACCAGGUCAUACGGGCUGGCACGAGUCUCGAGCUGCGGAGCAGGGCUGUCGAGGUUGUGCUGUCCGUCACGGCGGGGGCGUACCAGACGAGUCUCUUGACGUACUUUAUCCAACGGGAUUUGUUCCCGGCUGUCAUGAAGUAUAUCCACGAGACAGAGCAUCCGGGGCAGAUUCUCGAACCGUACACCCUUCUCGGCCUGCUGGCCAACUACAACAAGUUUGAGUUUCAGAAUCCAUAUCAGCAGCGCCUCAGCGAAAUUGUCAACGAGCCGACGAUCCAGCAGAUGAUCAGGUGUGUCGGGUACGCGUGCCAGAAGCUGCGGCUUGACUAUGUGGACGUUAUGGACGAUCUGCCCGAGGGCUGGACGUUUAGCAACACACUGCACAUGAUCGGACUCGGGAUCGUGGCGAGGGGCCCAAAGCCAGAAAAGAAGAUUGUGUACGAUGCGGAGACACAGAAGCAGAUGUUUGCCAAGCUCCCUGGAUCGGAAGCCGCGCUUCUGCUGACGACAUAUGAUUUUACGCACGUGAACAAACUCUUCUGCUUCAACCUCGUGACGCUCGCCGCAGACAAGGGGCAAGAGCAGCCGUUUGCGAGCUACGUCUCCCUGACGUCGUACCUCCUGCAGCACGCACAUCUAUCGCAGCGCGUAUCACACUACGCGACGCUCAACCUCAUGGCAUUCCGGCUGCUCGUCGAAGAUCCCGUGCUCUGCAAGCGCAUCUGCAGCGACGAGUCCAAGACGCCCGUGCGCCUAUGCCGCCAGCGCUCGCCGUACCUCCCGCUGGUCAAGGGCGACCGCGUCAUGGCGACGGCCAUCCUCGACACCAUGGUCGACGGCAUCUCGCACAACCUGCGGCGGCGCCUCGACGUGGGUCUCUACACGCUGCUCGUGGGCAUCAUGCUGCGCAUCACGUCGUACCUGUCGCGGUCGCGCACGCGGCUGACGUACCACUGGGCCGACUUUUUCCGCGCGCUGCUGCACCUCGUGCGGUUCCUGACGACGUACGCCGCCGACCUCAAGGACCUGCCGCAGAUUGAGCUGCUGCUGGACCACGUCGUCAACCUCGUCGCGCUGUCGCUGUCGACGGGCGAGGCGUUCCUGCCGUCACCGGCAGCGUACGACGACCUAUUCUACAAGGUCGUCGAGGCGGGCGACGUGCUCGUCAAGUUCAAGGAGACGUACGGGCUCGGAAGCAGGGGCAGCAAUUCGAUCGGGACGCUCGUCAGCGUCAGCGCGCACUACAAGGAGAUGCUCAAGACGGGCGCUGGCAAGGACGCCAAGGCGAGGGGCGCCAUUCUCACGAGCGUCGAGGUCGCCGAUGUCAUCAAGCAGGGAUACGAGACGCUCAGCAUACAGGCCAAAGAGGGGCUUGACACGUGGGAGAGGUAUCGCGAGGCGGAUGAGAGGACGUUGCUGAAGAAGGUGGCCAGAGUUGCUGUGGCUGAUGGACGGGGCCUCGUCGGUGGUUCGAGGUGA